AUGACCAUCACAGAAACCACACGCCCCGGUUGCGGUUCAGAUCUCACUCGGCUCCUGUCGGGCGAGGAGAGUGCGAAGCAAAAGCUGCAGGGUCCAGCGGACCUUUUCCGGGAGCUGCGUGCGUUGGAUGCCUCCGCCAGAGAGGCGGACUACCUGCAAAGCCCCGGCGUUUGGGAUGUGGACGGAUUGAAGGAUGACCUCCGAAUCGCCCAGUCCAAGGCAACGAUGCCAUCCGCCAAUGGGGCCAAUGCAGCCAGCGAAGCGAAUGGAGUCAAUGGCCAGGAGAGCGGCGAGGCGAUGUUCCGGGAGCUGAAGCGCCUAUCGCCCGGGACGCUGAAGGAGAAGUACUUCGUGCGGGGUGAGUGGGAUAUGGUCGCGCUGGACAUGGACUUGGAGUUCGUCUUGAAGUGCGGCGGCCAGUGCCCCGCAGAAAUCUUCAAAGAGCUGCAGAAGUUCAGUCCGGGAGCUGUCAAAGAGGACUACUUCUCCGAGGCCACGAAGGAAUGGGACCUGGAGGGUUUGCUCGAGGAUCUAGAGCUCUCGCGUGCGCAACAUCCCGCGGUCUCCAGCUGAGAGCCGGACAGACACUCUGCGGCUCCAAAAAGUUUGGGCGGGUCCCAUGGGUUUCGGCCCCCGUUUCGCUGGUUCCCCAGGGGGUGGGAGCCGCGCUUUCGAGCGCUCGCAUCAUCACACCCGCUUCCAACCGUUGGACCAACCAUCCCUCUGG